GUCCCGGCAAAUCGCCCACCCUCUCUUCCUCUCCUCAGCUCUGCGCUUCACUGCAAGCAAGGCUGUGUGUGUAUGUGUGUUUAAGACAUCGUGAGAACCGGGACACAGUCUUGAAGAUGCAUCUCGCCUCGGAAACGCAACCACUGGAUCUUAUCAGUUACCAUCUUCACAAAGAAGCAAAGUGAAGGGAACCCUGCUGUGCUGGUGGAACGAGCUCAGUUUUGACCAACUUCUCUUGCCUUCACUGGACUACUUAUCUAUUCUGAAUGUAAUGAAAAGAGAAGUGGGUACUUUGCUGUAUAUCUGUUUGCAGCUAGCUUAAAGUGGACCAGCUUGACUUGGACUAAUAUACUUCACCGCAAAGCAAAGUGAAGUAAAACCUGCUAUAUGCUACAAGACGAACUCAAUUUGUACCAGCUUCUCUUGCUUUGAUUGGACUACUUGCUUACCCUAAAUGCAAAUCACAGUGAAGGGAAUAUGCUGCUGUAAUCCUGUUUGGAACUUGAAUUGGAACAGCUUCUCUUGCCUCGACUUGAUUGAGACUGUUCACUUUCUCUUAAAGCAAAGCAAAGUGUGUUGGGAUGAGCUCAGUUUCUCUUGCCUACUUUUUAACACACAGUGAAGUGAAUAGUCCAUUGUACUGUGAUUCUCUUUGGAAUGAGCUCGAAUUGGACCAACUUCUCUUGCCUUGACUUGGACUAUUCACUUCCCCCUUAAAGCAAAGUGGAGAGAAAGCUGCACCAUACUCUAGGACCAGCCAAAUUUGGACAACCUUCUCUUGCUUAGAUUGUACAGCACAGCAUUGUGAAGCAGAUUUAUGUUGUAAUUGUAUGUUGAAAUCAGCUCGAACUGGACAAGCUUGUCCUGCCUUGAUGUGGACUACUCACUUACCCUUAAAGAAAAGUUAAGGGUAAGCUUCUGUAUUGUAUUGAAGAUUUCACCUUGACUUGGAUUACUCAUUUGCUCUAAAAGCAUAUCAAAGUAAGGGAAGGCAUCCACUAUACUGUAACUCUAUUUGGGAUGAGCUUGAAAGACCUUGUCUUGCCUUGGCUUGGACUUCUCAUUUUUCCGUAAAGUAGACCAGCUUACUUUAUCCGGAAUUGCUUUGGUCUGCUGGUUCUUUCUUGACCCAGGUUUCUCUAGGUGCAGUCCAGCUGGACUGGACUUGUAGUGGCCAGGCUUGUGUCCAGUUUGAGGUCAGUGGUACGGCAGGCAGAAUGUCUCUGCAGGAGCUGCUGCGGGAGGGCCAGGAGGCUCCUCAGCGGAUCUUUAACAGAGUCUCUCAGCUUCUUCACAGCCUGUCAGUGACUGUGUUGCAGGGAGGAAGCUUCAGCACCUACCAGCGCAGGAGCUCCUGGCGGGAGUGGAACGAUGAGAUCAUGCAGCAGGAGAGCAGUCCACUCUGUGCCGCAGACAUCGGCCCUGACCUCAGUAAAGGCUUUGCCUUCCUUUCAGGAGGUCGAGGGGAGAAUGGCAGCCCCAUCAUCAUCUUCCCAGAGUUCCCUGCGUUCAGUGAGCUGCAAGAGCAGGAGUUUCACAAUGUGCUGACAUACCUGACCAGCGUGCCCAGCCUCAGUGCAUCAGGAGUUGGCUUCAUCCUGGUCAUCGACCGAAGGCAAGACAGAUGGGCAUCGGUGAAGGGAACACUACUGCGCAUCGCGGGCUCAUUCCCAGGAAACCUCCAGCUGGUGUUGGUGUUGCGGCCCACCACCCUGCUCCAGCGCACACUGUCAGACUUCCUCUUUAAGUUCAGCAAGGAUGAGUUCAAAAUGAAGGUGCCGGUGAUCAUGCUUAGUUCAGUGACUGAGCUGCACAGCUACAUAGACCGCACCCAACUGACGCAGGAGCUGGGGGGCACACAGGAAUACUGCCACGAGAAAUGGAUUUCACACCGCACCGCCAUCGAAGGUUUUGCUCUGAUGGUGAAGAAGACGGCGCAGACUUUGCAGGCAUUUGGGACGGAGCUGGCUGAAACCGAGCUUCCCAAUGACGUCGAGGCCACAUCCAACCUGCUGACCACACACACAGAGAAAAAAGACAAGAUGAAGGAGGAUCUGAAGAUUGCUCUGAGUCAGGGAGGACGUUUGUUGGAGAGUAUUAAUGAGCCAUUUGUGUCGAAUCCAGACUACAACAUGAACCAUGAUGAGCUGGAGAACCUGGCUACUGUGCAGAGGCUGCUGGGUCAGUUAGAUGAGACAGAAACAGCAUUUGAUGAUUUCUGGGAGAGGCAUCAGACUAAGCUGGAGCAGUGUCUGCAGCUCCGACAUUUUGAACACAACUUCAGGGAGGUGCGAGCUCACUUGGAUCAGGUCGCUGAUAAGCUGUCUGGUUUCUCUGAGGUGGGCAUAAGCCCCGCCCAUGGCGAGCACAUCCUGAAAGAGCUGACCAAUCACGAAGAGAGAACUUGUGAGGUGCUGGACCGUGCACUGGCACUAGCCUCUGAUGCGGACAUUCUGAUUGAAAGCUCUCACUACGCUGUGGACUCAAUCCUGCCUAAAUGCUCAGAGCUCCGAGCUGUGUGCGAGGAGGUGGGAACUGUCCUAAAAGCCAAAAAAGCCCACCUGCUUAAAGCCAUGGAGCUCCACUCCAGUCUGGAGAAGGCCACUAAAUGGUGUGAAGAUGGAAUUUACCUUCUAGCAUCUCAGCCUGUUGAUAAGUGUCAGUCUCAGGAUGGGGCUGAGGCAGCGCUGCAGGAGAUCGAGCGCUACCUGGAUACAGCCAAUCAGCACAAGCUGACUGAUUUGAAUGGCAUCUGGAGGGACUAUGAGUCUGUACUGACGUCAGACUUCAGAGAGCAGGUGGAGCGGGUCUUCCAGAAGCAGCUCUCUAUGCAGGAGAUGUUUGAGAAGAGGAGGAUCAGCCUGAAGAAGCUAGCAGCCAAGCAGACGCGACCAGUGCAACCGGUCGCCCCGAGGCCCGAGGCCAUCAUCAAAUCUCCCCACUCAUCUCCUGCCCACAGGGAGAAGGACUCAUCACCUGACAUCAACAACAAAAAAGGAGACGCGCUCAUUCAGAAUGGCAGCAGGCCGCCGUCUCUGUCAGAAGAGGAGGAGAACCUUGCUGUACUUAGAAGGCAUGUAAUGAAUGAGCUGUUGGAGACAGAAAGAGCCUACGUGGAGGAGCUGCUGUGUGUACUACAGGGCUACGCUGAUGAGAUGGAUAAUCCCAGCAUGGCUCACCUCAUCCCCAUCACCCUCCACAACAAGAAGGAUGUUCUGUUCGGCAACAUGGCUGAGAUCUAUCAGUUCCACAACAAAACUUUCCUCCGGGAGCUUGAGGCCUACACAGAUUACCCCGAGCUGGUGGGCCGAUGCUUCUUAGAAAGGAUGACAGACCUUCAAAUUUAUGAGAAGUACUGUCAAAAUAAGCCACGCUCUGAGUCACUAUGGCGACAGUGCUCUGACUGUGCCUUCUUUCAGGAGUGCCAGAAGAAACUGGAGCAUAAACUGGGCUUGGACUCAUACCUGCUGAAACCUGUGCAGCGCAUCACCAAAUACCAGCUCCUCCUCAAAGAAUUAUUAAAGUACAGUAAAGGCUGCGAGGGUUCAGAGGACCUGCAGGAUGCGCUCUCCUCCAUCCUUGGCAUCCUCAAAGCUGUCAACGACUCAAUGCAUCUCAUUGCCAUCACUGGAUAUGAGGGGAACCUGAGUGAGCUGGGCAGGCUGCUGAUGCAGGGUUCAUUCAGCGUGUGGACAGAACAUAAGAAAGGUCACGCCAAGGUCAAGGACCUGGCACGCUUCAAACCAAUGCAGCGGCACCUGUUUCUGCAUGAGAAAGCACUGCUCUUCUGUAAGAAACGUGAAGAGAACGGCGAAGGUUACGAGAAAGCACCGUCCUACAGCUUCAAACACUCACUCAGUAUGAGUGCUGUAGGAAUCACAGAGAACGCCAAGGGAGACAACAAGAAAUUUGAGAUUUGGUGCAACUCUCGAGAAGAGGUCUACAUUGUGCAGGCACCCACAACAGAGAUCAAGACAGCGUGGGUGAACGAGAUUCGGAAAGUUCUGACUGGCCAGUUAAAAGCCUGCAGGGAGGCAAGUCAGCAGAAGACAUCCGAGCAGGUUUCUCCGCUGCCCAAUGCUGUGAUUAGCCUCAGCCCCUUUAAGACCAAUCAGAAGACUGUGAAGAAAGGGGAGGAGAAGAAGGUGGAGACUACAGUCCCAGACUCUGGCUUAGCACCUUCAUCAAAAAACACAGACAAAAUCAAAGAUGAGGCAGUAAUCAGUCCUUCCGCAGACAGGGCAGCGGUGGCUAAAAAGCGUUUUACACUGCAGGGCUUCAGCAACCUCAAGAGUCAGAAAGGAUCUCCCCCUAGUCCUGACCACAAAACCAAACGGCAUGAGAUUAAGAGUGAUCCCACACCAUUUGGCUUCAGAGACGCAGGUCCCCACGUCACCCUCAGCAGAGUCAAAUGGCUGAGCACUUCUAGUCUCUUACAGGCUAAGCGGAGAGGGUUCAAUAAGGCCUCUCUCUCCAUGGAUGCCUCAGAGGAGAACGACGGCUACUCCAGCGCAGAGGACCCUCUGAACUCUGACCCUGAGGAUGAGGGCAAGAAACUGUCUCCAGGCAGGUACGUGGUGGUGGCCGAUUAUGAUAAAGGAGGAGCUCAGGACCUCUCAGUGAAGAGUGGAGACAUGGUGCAGCUUGUCCGAGAGGGCAGUGACGGACAGUGGUUUGUGCGUAACCUGAAGAACAGUAAGGAGGGCUGGAUGCCUGCUGCUAAUCUACUCACUCUAAUUGGAGAGUCCAAGUCCUCACAAUCUCUCACCAGCUCAGAAGGUAGCGGGUCAGGCAAUUUGAGCACUUCUUCCAGCUGCAGUGAAACCUACACCAGCUUUUCGGACAUCAAACCAUGAGGCUUCACUCUGGCUCUGACCUGCCUCUACAGCCCAGCCUUGUGGCAGCUCCUACACAUUGCACUUUCUGCUGAGACAGCUCCUCCAUGUACUGUACUUAGAGCCACAACUUAAACCAUAUCUAUUUAAUGCACGGCUUCAUUCUCACCUCUUACCUACACCUUUUGGUGUUGCAGAAGAGAGAUAGAAGAAGCCGGGCUUGCCCUUUUUCCCCCAAAUAUAAUAUUUGAGUAAGUGAUGGCAUUAUCACCUUCUGUAAUGGCCUGAUACAUUUCAUUUUAAGAGAAUACACCCUCUGCCCUAAGUAAAUUCAGUCUGUCUUAGUUUUAAUUGAAAGCAGGGCGCAUAGGAGCCUAAGCAUGUGAAAAUCAGCUUGUACAGGCUCCUGUUGCCUCUGUGUUUCAAUGGGCUUUGGUUACAACAGAAAAAAAAUCCACUAAACUGAAAGCUGUAAGCAUUGCACUUCCGCUUGGUUUUAUUGGUAUUAAACCUGAGAAAAUUCAAAACUCUUUGGAAUGUCCUAUUUUCAGGAAUGGCCCACUUUUCUUACUCGUCGACAUUGUAGAAGAAAACCUGAAUGGAGCGUUAUGUAAUAUGGAUAAAGAUUUUUGGAAUCAUGCCUGGUUUCUUGCUAUCGAAACAACUGUGAAAGUCCCAUCCCUCUCCCUGUAUGUGUUAAUCCUAAACAGCUGUAUAUUUUAGAUGAUUUCCUGUAUGAUAAAGAUUUGUACAGAUAUUAUAACUUUUACCUCAUUUUUCAUUAAAAUAACAGUGUAUGUAUUGUACAUUAAAUCAUGUUUUCCAUGAAUUGUGUUUUGUCAUUGUAUCUGGAGCUCAUUCUAAUUUCCGUGGUCUGCUUUACUUAAUUUUUUAUUUUCAUUUUUAAAGAUUUUACUCUUGCGUUAUAUUGUACUAUCACGUAUGACUGAAUCAAGAUGUGAAAUCAAAGGCCAGAAAUUUAUGGGUUAUGUAUUCACACAGUAACUUCUACUCAAAGAACCUGAAGAUUAUCACAAAAAUCAGUUUAUCAUAGAGCUCUUGCACAAACUCUGCCAGUCAGGACAGAAAAGUAUCUUUAGGCCUGAAUAACAUUUGCUAUGAAUUUGUAUUUUUUUGCCCCCUGUAUGUUGUAUGGUAAACAGCAAAUGUUUGAUGAUUUGAAUUGACAGAAUCUACUGUAUGUUUCAAACUUGAGGCAUUCUACACGGCACUUUGCCCUUUGUCUUUCUCAAUUUUCAUACGCCAUUGUUGAUAUGAAGGUAUAUGUGACUGCUAUCUGUGUAUAUGUGUACAUAUGUAUUUAAGAGGUUGUAUGAGUUGUAUGAAUUCAGAGAAAUUAAGCUUGAAUAAAGUUCACAAAAACA